GAGGAGGGGGGAGAGCACGGAGCUAUAAAUCUGACAGCCCGGCACCACUCCCCAGGCCACUGGUGAAGCCAGAGGAGCUGAGACGAGAUGAGGACCAUGGGGCUGAGCCUGGGGCUGCUCCUGCUCUGCUUGCUGCGUGUGCAGGCUGAGGAACGGGGAGCUGGGGAGCUGGACAAGAUUGCAGGGACAUGGUACAUCACUGCUAUGGCCUCUGACUCCGAGAGCUACCUCCAAAAGAAGGACCAGCUGAAGAUGGCGAUGGCCAACAUUGACGUCCUAGAGAAUGGUGACCUGAGGGUCUCCUUCGCAAUUCCCACCCCAGGGCUAUGUAUGAAAUUUGAGUCAACCUACAUGCCAACAGACAAGCCACGCGAAUACUACAGCACAGACAGAGGCACUAAGAAGACAGUGCGGUUGGUGGAUACUGACGGCAGGAGCUACAUGGUUCUCUUUGCCACCAGAGAGAAGGAUGGGAAGACACUGCGCAUGCUGAGACUUUACAGCAGAACCCAAUAUGUGAAACCCAAAAUCAACUUGCUGUUUAAGARACUUGCCAAGAUGAACGGCUUCACCAACGAGACAAUCUGGAUGCUACCCAGGCAGGAGGAAUGCAGACUCGAUGAACCGUAGGAUGUGCAGGCUGGCUCAUGCAUACUCCUGCCAAGCAAUGAAAGACGCAUGCUCUGAAGGUCCAGGCUGCUGCUCCAACAUCCCUCUUCCAAGCUCUGUGCUCAAGACUCCCGACACAAUCCCUGCUUCUCCAGCACCCAGUCUCUGCUUUUUGCCCAAUAAACAUAAACUGCCCUGUUGUGGGUUAAAAUUUC